AUGGAGCUGGAGAAGAUCAGCAAAGAACCAAAGAGACCUGACCCCACCGGGGAAGGAACAAGUGGAGCCCAGGGCAAGACUAAAGAUGAAGAAGAAGGAGACAUUUACUCCAGUCUCCAGAGUCCGUCUGAGGAUCAGUACGUGGACACGCGUCGGUUGUCUCGACCUUCAAAAACAAAAUCUGGACUGUGGAGAAAGGCCUGCUUCGUCCUCGGGGCGAUGUGUGUGAUCCUCAUCCUCAUCAUCGUCAUACUGAUCAUCAAACAGAAGAAUGAAGCUUGUGAAGUUGAAGCACCAAUUCUGGCGCCUGCUGCGAUCUGUUCCCGUUGCCCGUGUCCUGAAGGCUGGGUGAAGUCAGGUCAGAGAUGCUUUCUUUUUUCAACCGGGAGGAAGUCGUGGGCUGAGAGUCAGGACUUUUGUGAGCAGGAGGGAGGGAGUCUGGCUGUGAUCACAGACGCCACUGAACAGAACUUCCUGAUGCAGGAAGCAACACUUCCAUACUGGAUUGGCCUGAGCCUGAAGAACCAGGUCUGGGCUUGGGUUGACGGUCAGAAACUCAGAACGAACAGUUUCUGGUUAGACUCCGGAGUUGAAGCAGGCGACUGUGCCGUGCUGAACGGAAAAAGUCCCAAUGCCAAAAGCUGGAGCAAGAAGGACUGCACCCAUCAGAUCUACUAUAUCUGUCAGAAACCAUCAUUCUUAAACUCAGCAUGA